AUGAAGUCCACACUUUCCCGCCGAAUGGACAUGACAAAUACCUCUUCGGCCGCCAUUGAAGCCGCCCAAAUCCUCGAUCCAUGGACCGGCCAAUGGAAAUAUCCACGCGCCCUCAUCAUCUUCCUAUGUGCAAUCAUAGCCGUUUUUACGCUUCUACACAUAUGCCAAUUCCUCCGCGACCGCCGUCGUCUCUCUUCGAAAUCUAGGAAAGCUACGCCUUCCCUCUAUGACCGCACUGCCGCCGUUCUACGUAGUCUGAUAUAUAGGCGUCCGUUACACAGUGCUCCAGCACUCGGCCCGGUGAUACUCAUUGUAUCUCUUCUGGUAUUUACAUUGGUGUGGACGUUCACUGUACAGCCUUACUACCGCCCAUUACGAUCUGGGGGCUCGCCGCCGCUGUCGUUGCGGUCGGGAUUGUUUGCGGUGGGGUUGACGCCAAUUGUAUAUUUGUUGGCCUUUAAGGCUAACAUUGUAACGUAUCUCACGGGUGUGUCGCAUGAGAAGUUAAAUGUGCUGCAUAGAUGGGGAGCAAGGUUGAUUCUGUUCCUGGGCGUUGUGCAUACAAUCCCAUUCCUCGUGCAGCCACUGCGGGAGGGCGGUCAUGCGGAGCUAAAGAGAGUAUGGGCAGAGGAUAACAUGAAUGUAACGGGAUGUGUGGCAUUGGCGGCGUUGGUGGUGUUGGUGGGAGGUAGUUGCGUUCCAUUAAGAAAAUACUUCUAUGAGCUGUUUGUGGGCACGCAUAUACUCUCGGCGGUCCUCUAUCUGGCGUUCAUGUUCUGGCACUGUGAGGAUCUUCUCACGUCAUGGACAUAUCUGUGGACCACCGCUGCUCUCUGGCUCGCGAGUGUGCUCCUCCGGUUCAUGAAUACCACUUUUAAUGCCGCGCUUCCAUGCACGCUCCGGCUCCUCCCCGGCGACGCCGUCAUGGUCACGAUACCGACUACGCAUAUAUGGACGCCCGCACAGCACGUAUUCCUACGUUUCCCGGAUCUAUCGGUCUUUGAUAACCACCCGUUCUCUGUGUGCAGUGUUUCCGAAAACAGUGAUGAGCUAAACACACUGGUAGUGGUUGUGAAGCCGCGCUCGGGAUUUACGCGGCGGCUGUUUCUGGCUGCGGCGGAGGACGGGCCGGAGGCGGCAAUGCGAGUGGUGGUUGACGGGCCGUAUGGUGGUGUUCCGAGGGCCGUAGAAUCGUUUCAAGGGGUGGUGUUGGUCGCAGGGGGGAGUGGGGUCACAGCGGUAGUGGGAGUGUUGUCGUGGCUGGUGAGGUGUAUGAGAAGGGGAGAGGGGUGCGUUGAGAAGAUAAAGCUGGUGUGGGCGGUGAAGGAUCGGCGGACAUUGGAGUGGUUUGGGGGUGAAGUUGCGGAGGCGGUUGCGAUGGCGGGAAUUGAGUGUCGUUUUUUUGUUACCGGGGACGAGGGGGAGAGUGAGAAAAUGGAAGCAGUGGAUGGAGUGGAGAUUGCAAAGGGAAGGCCGGAUUGUGGACGAAUGCUGGAGGAAUGGGUUGGAGGGAUGGGUGAGAGGGUUUGCGUAGUUGCUUCGGGGCCUCGAGGGUUGAGGAGCGAUGUUGCGAACAGUGUUGCCGGGCUGCAGAGGAAGGUCAAUGAUCGUGAGAGCGGGUUGCAGGAGCUGUAUCUGCAUACGGAGGCCUUUGAUUGGUAG